AUGGCGCACGGACAGCAGUCGAACCAGUCGGCGUCGUUCAAGGUGGGCGAGACGUACAAGAUUGUGGAUGUGGUGGGCGAGGGCGCGUACGGCGUGGUGUGCUCGGCGAUCCACGUGCCGUCGAGCUCGCGCGUGGCGAUCAAGAAGAUCACGCCGUUCGACCACUCGAUGUUCUGCCUGCGCACGCUGCGCGAGAUCAAGCUGCUGCGCCACUUUAACCACGAAAACAUCAUCUCGAUCCUCGACAUUGUCAAGCCCGACGACUACGACUCCUUCUCCGAGGUCUACCUCAUCCAGGAGCUCAUGGAGACCGACAUGCACCGCGUCAUUCGCACCCAGGAGCUCUCGGACGAUCACUGCCAAUACUUUAUCUACCAGACUCUUCGUGGACUCAAGGCGCUCCACUCGGCACAGGUGCUUCACCGCGACCUCAAGCCGUCCAACUUGCUGCUCAAUGCCAACUGCGACCUCAAGAUCUGCGAUUUCGGACUGGCUCGAUCCGCCAACCAGCCCGAAGCGGAGGGAACGGGUUUCAUGACCGAAUACGUCGCAACAAGGUGGUACCGCGCACCGGAGAUCAUGCUCACGUUCAAGGAGUACACCAAGGCCAUCGACGUUUGGUCGGUCGGAUGCAUUCUGGCCGAGAUGCUUUCGGGCAAGCCGCUGUUUCCGGGACGCGACUACCACCAUCAGCUGUCGCUCACCCUCGAGAUCCUCGGUACACCUUCGCUCGACGAUUUCUACGCGAUCACAUCCACGCGCUCGCGCGACUACAUCCGUGCCCUCCCCUUCCGCAAGAAGCGCAACUUUUCACAGAUGUUCCCCAACGCCAACCCGCUCGCGGUGGAUCUGAUGGAGCGAUGCUUGACGUUCAGCCCGCGCAAGAGGAUCACGGUUGAAGAGGCACUGGCGCAUCCGUAUCUCGAACCUUAUCACGAUCCAGAAGACGAACCCACCGCAGAACCGCUGGACCCAAGCUUUUUCGACUUUGACUAUUGCAAGGAACAGCUGUCGCGCUCGGAACUCAAGCGCCUUAUCUACAACGAGAUCAUGCGCUAG